CGGAAGCCGCGUGUGCUGGCUGACCUAGAAAGGCUCAGACGGGGGUCGCAGAGAAAGAGGAGGAGAGGCACCAUCAGCCAGGCUCCUGAAAAGAUUUCAGAGGAAGGGGCCGGGGCUGCAGGUGGGCGUCUCCCCAGCCAGGAAAGCGGGGAGAAGAACAGCUUUUUUCCUUGUCAAUGGUUUGAUCUCCUGACUUGAGCAAGAACUGUGGCUGCCAGAUCAAGUUGUUAUGGAGAAAAUGAAGGUUGCCACUCAUCACAGAACAGUGCUUCCUGAUGUGACAGUCAAAUUGGAAGAAGGAGAAGAGGAAGAAGAGGAAGAGAAUCUGCAGCAGGAGGAAUCAGAGUCAUUUUCGGAGAUCAAUUCAGAUUUUCCUGAUGUGAUAAUCAAGCUUGAACCAGAAGAGGACUCAUCCAGCGAACAGCAGACAGAAGACGAGACCUUUCCAGGGAUAAGUUCAGUGGAGUUUUCACGCGUCAAGACUGAUCUGAUCUCCUGGCUGGAACAGAGCCCAUGGUUGCCAAACGCCCUCAUCUUAGAGAAGGUGGAGGUUGCUUCUCAGUGCAACACAGCAUUUCCUGGUGGACCAGUCAAAGUGGAACAAGAAGAGAAACCAUGUAGUCCAAAUCUCCAGGACUCUGAGGUCAUCCCAGGGACUAGCUCAGAGUUGGAAGUGGGAUUUCUGCCUCAACAUGAAAAGACCGCAGUUGAAGCAGGUCAGGAAGUCACCUUUGAAGACGUGGCUGUAAAUAUCAGCAAGGAAGAGUGGGACCUCCUUGAUCCAAAUCAGAGAUCUCUGUACAUUGACGUUAUGAUGGAAAACUAUGAGACACUGUCCUCAUUGGAUAACUGGAAGAGAAUGAGCAUACGUGUGGAUGGGACCUAUGAGGCGGGUUUUACCCAGAAGCUAGAUCCACCUGGAGCAGAGCCACUCCAGGCAGAACAGGAAUUGGGAAGCAGCGACUCUACACAUGGGCUCCUCACAGGAGAGAAGCCUAAUGAAUAUCAGGAGUGUGGAACACGUUUCCCUGAGAUAACCAUCCUUUUGUACGACCAGAAAGUCCCCGUGGGGGAAAACCCCUUCAAAUGCUCGGAUUGUGGGAAAUGCUUUUCCCAGAAUUCCUAUCUCGUGAGGCACCAAAGGGUCCACACAGCAGAGAAGUCAUACAAAUGCUUGGAGUGUGGGAAGUGUUUUCCUUGGAAUUCCUACCUUGUGAGGCACCAAAGAGUCCACACAGGAGAAAAAGCGUACGAAUGCCAGCAGUGUCGGAAAUGCUUUGCUUACAAGUCGGACCUUGUCAGGCACCAAAGAGUCCACACAGCACCAAAAUCUUAUGAAUACCAGGAGGGUGGGGAACUUGUGCCACACCAGAGACACCGUGUUGCACAAAAACCAUUCAAGUGCCAGGACUGUGGGAAAUCUUUCACUUUGAGUUCAGCCCUCGUGAGGCAUCGCAGCAUCCACACAGGAGAGAAGCCCUUCAAAUGCCAGGAAUGUGGAAAGUGUUUUGCGAAGACCUCAAACCUUCUGUACCAUCAGAGAGUCCACACAGGAGAGAAACCGUUCAGAUGCACAGAGUGUGGGGCUUGUUUUGCUCACAAAUCACAACUUGUGACACACCAGCGGCUCCAUACGGGGGAGAGACCAUUCCAGUGUCAAGUGUGUGGGAAAUAUUUUGCUCAGACCUCUACCCUGGUUAGGCAUGAGAGACUCCACACAGGGGAGAAACCAUAUAAAUGCCAAGAGUGUGGGAAAAGCUUUGCUUCGAAGUCACAGCUCGUGAUCCACCACAGAGUCCACACAGGAGAGAAACCGUACAAAUGCCAAGUGUGUGAAAAAUGUUUUAGCAACAAUUCAGACCUUGUGAAACAUCAGCGAAUUCACACAGGGGAAAAACCAUACAAGUGUGAGGUGUGUGGAAAAUGUUUCAGCAGCAAUUCAGACCUUGUAAAGCACUACAGAGUUCAUACAGGGGAGAAACCGUACAAAUGCAAAGAAUGUGGGAAAUCUUACAGCAACAAUUCCGACUUUGUGAAGCAUCAUAGAAUCCACACAGGAGAGAACGCAUACAAAGGCCAGGAGCCUGAAGUACAUACUAAUAAAAAUAAUAAUUCAGAACCUGUGAAGCCUCCAGAAGUGCAUGUAGGAGAGAAAGAGUACAAAUGCGAUGAGUGUGGGAGAGUGUUUUAUAAGACGUCAACCCUUCUGUUACAUCAAAGAACCCACACAGGAGAAAAACCAUACCAGUGCCCAGUGUGUCUGAAAUGCUUUGCUCGGACAUCGCACCUUGUGGCACAUCAGAGACUCCACACUGGAGAGAAGCCAUUCAGGUGCCAAGAGUGCGGAAAGUCGUUUGCAGAGAGUUCAAGCCUUGUCAAACACCGUCGAGUCCACACUGGAGAGAAGCCGUAUCAGUGCCUGGUGUGUGGGAAAUGCUUUGGUCGGAGCUCAGCUCUUGUAAUCCACCAGAGAGUCCACACUGGACAAAAACCUUAUCAGUGCCAGGAGUGCGGCAAAUGUUUUGCUCAGAACGGUGGCCUCACAACCCACCAAAAAAUCCACACAGGAGAGAAACCGUUCAAAUGCCAGGAAUGUGGGAAGUGUUUUGCUCUGAAGUCUGUCCUUCAGAUGCAUCAGAGAGUCCAUACAAGAGAGAAAUUCAAAUGCCAGGAGUGUGACAAAUCUUUUAAUACCACUGCAGACCUUGUGAAGCAUCAGCGGGUUCACACAGGUGAGAAACCCUUCCAGUGCCAAGAGUGUGGGAAAGCCUUUUCCAAGUCCACAAUCCUUCUGUUACAUCAGAGGACGCACACUGGAGAGAAGCCGCACGAGUGCCAGGUAUGUGGGAAGUGCUUUAGUUGGAAGUCUAACCUUGUGACUCACCAGAGACUCCACACCGGAGAGAGACCGUACAAGUGUAAAGAGUGCGGUAAAUCUUUCGCGGAAAGUUCAAGCCUUGUGAAACACCGUAGGGUCCACACAGGAGAAAGACCAUACAAGUGCCUGAAGUGUGGGAAGAGCUACGCUUACAGUUCAGACCUUCUGAACCACCACAGAGUCCAUACGGGACAGAAGCCAUACAAAUGCCAAGAAUGUGGGAAAUGUUUUGCUGUUAAGUCUGUCCUGGUGAUGCACAACAGAGUCCACACCAAAGAGAAACCGUACAAAUGCCAGGAGUGUGGAAAAUGCUUUGCUUCUAAGUCAGAUGUUGUGAGACAUCAGAGAGUCCAUACGGGUGAGAAACCAUACAAAUGCGAGGAAUGCCGCAAGUGUUUUGCUCACAAAACCGAUCUCGUGCGACACCAGGGGAUCCACACAGGAGAGAAACCAUACCAGUGCCAGGACUGUGGAAAAUGUUUUGCUCGCAACACCCAGCUUGUAACCCACCAGCGGGUCCACACAGGAGAGAAGCCAUACCGAUGCCAGGAGUGUGCGAAAUGUUUUGCUUACAGGACAGAUUUUGUGCUCCACCAACGGGUCCACACAGGAGAGAAACCAUAUAUAUGCGAGGAAUGUGGAAAGGGCUAUUCCCGUAAGGCACUUCUUGUGGCACAUCGGAGAAUUCACACAGGAGAGGAACCAUACAAGUGUGAAGAGUGUGGGAAACGCUUUGCUUUUAAGUCGGAUUUUGUGAGACACCAGAGAGUCCACACAGGAGAGAAACCAUACAAAUGUGAGGAAUGCCAGAAGUGUUUUGCUCACAAGACAGAUCUCACACAUCAUCAGGGGAUCCACACAGGGGAGAAACCACACCAAUGCCAGGACUGUGGAAAAUGUUUUGCUCGCAAGACACACCUUGUAACCCACCAGCGGGUCCACACAGGCGAGAAGCCAUACCGAUGCCAGGAGUGUGCAAAAUGUUUUGCUUACAGGACAGAUUUUGUGAUCCACCAAAGGGUCCACACAGGAGAGAAACCGUACAAAUGCGAGGAAUGUGGAAAGGGCUUUUCCCGCAAGGCACUUCUUGUGGCACAUCAAAGAAUUCACACAGGAGAGAAACCAUUCAAAUGUGAAGAGUGUGGGAAAUCUUUUUCUUGCAAGUCAAGUUUGGUGAAACACGAGAGAGUCCACAUUGGUGGGUCUCCUCACAAAAGUGUGAACUGUGGUGAAUUGUUUCUCGUUCACUGCUUGCAGUAAAUUAGAGAGCCUGCAUUGGGUUAUUAGAUUUUGGGAGCCUGCUAAACACUCCAUCACCAAUUAUUAUUAUUAUUAUUAUUAUUAUUAUUAUUAUUAUUAUUAUUAUUAUUGACACAACAACAUUGUAUGACACAGCAAACAAGAUAGAUAUGCUGGAUUUCGUAUCACAAAAUCACAAGUUGAACCCUUCCCCAAGUAUCUAGAACUGUGUGAUGUAUUUUUGGAUGAUGCGCACAGAUCCCAGUAGGGUGGCCUUUUGCAGUUGGCAGAUCGUAAUUUUGUCAAUGUCUAUUGUUUCCAAAUGCCGGCUGAGAUCUUUUGGCGCAGCACCCAAGGCGCCGAUCACCACCAGGGCCACCUGUACUGGUUUCUGCCGGAGUCUGUUAGGAAUUGUGGGAGUUGAAGUCCAAAACACCUGGAGGGCCAAAGUUUGCACAUAUCUGCUCUACAAGGAGCACCUUGUAUGUUUAACCUAGAGAAAAAAGGUUUAAGAAGUGACAUGAUUAAAAAUUUGAAAUUAAAUAUUUUAACUGUCCAAA